AUGGCGGCUGUUUGUCGACUGCGGCAUGUGAUCAAGUGUGGAAAAUUGGUUUCCAAUUCGAUUAAUUCCAACCACAAAUUUAGAUUCUCUGGAUGUCGAUUACUACAAUCUUCAGGAUUUUCUUCUCCUUUGAGAAAUGCCCGACUUCUUACUUCUCAGGCAGCCCCUGAGAGUGAAACGGACGUGGAGUAUCAUAAUAUCGUAAAAAAUACGGAGAAACCAACAGGGCAAAGUGCUCAGCAUGAGUUCCAGUCAGAAACUCAGAUGCUUUUGGAAAUCGUCGCGAAGUCUUUGUACUCUGAUAAAGAGGUUUUUGUUCGGGAGUUGAUAUCUAACGCCAGUGAUGCUCUGGAGAAAUUACGAUAUCUCAGGCUUAGCAGAAAUUUAUCCCCCGAAGAAGGGGGCGGCCGGGAGUUAGAGAUACAUAUCGUCACUGAUAAGCAAAAUCGAACACUCACUAUUCAGGAUACAGGAAUUGGGAUGACUCGAGAGGAAUUGGUGUCCAACUUGGGGACUAUUGCGCGAUCUGGCUCGAAGGCUUUUCUGGAGCAGUUGAAGGAGAAACAGGCAGCAGGGGACACUGCCAGUAUAAUUGGGCAAUUCGGUGUAGGAUUUUAUAGCGCAUUCAUGGUUGCUGACAAGGUUGAAGUGUUCACCAAGUCCUAUGAGAAGGAUGCCAAAGGUUUACAUUGGUUGUCCACCGGAUCGGGGACUUAUGAAAUAUCUGAGGCAGAAGGAGUUCAACCAGGAACUAAAAUCGUGAUGCACCUCAAGAGUGACUCUAGAGAAUUCAGUGACGAGGAGACUAUUAAUCAAAUUAUCAAAAAGUACAGUAACUUUGUGGGCAGUCCAAUUUUCGUGAAUGGCAAACGUGUGAAUGUGAUUCAACCGAUAUGGAUGCUAGACCCCAAGGAAGUAACAGCCGAGCAACAUGCCGAGUUUUAUCGUUUCAUCUCGAAUUCGUACGAUGCCCCUAGGUUCAUCCUCCACUAUACCGCCGAUGUGCCCCUCAGUAUUCGAGCCCUCCUAUACUUUCCAGACGACAAGCCAGGGCUCUUCGAACUGAGCAGAGACACAUCAGUGGGGAUUUCCCUUUACAGCAGAAAAGUACUGAUAAAGAGCAAAGCCGACAAUUUAUUGCCAAAGUGGCUGCGUUUCGUUAAAGGUGUCGUUGACUCCGAAGACAUUCCCCUGAACUUGAGCCGUGAAUUGCUCCAGAAUAGCGCUCUCAUCAGUAAAUUAAGAACAGUUUUGACAGCACGAAUUCUGAAAUAUCUCAAUGAGAGAUCGACAAAACAACCGGAGGAGUAUAACGAAUUUUACAAGGAUUAUGGAUUAUUCCUGAAAGAGGGGAUUGUGACAAGUCACGACCACAACGAAAAAGAAGCCAUUGGUAAACUCCUGCGGUUCGAGUCAUCGGCGAAGCCCGCUGGAGAGCUUGUUAGCCUGCCUAAAUACUGCGAGGGUAUCUCCCAGGAGCAAAAGCACAUAUAUUACUUAUCUGCACCUAGUAGAAUUCUAGCAGAGCAAUCCCCUUACUACGAAUCAUUCAAGAAACGAAAUUACGAGGUCCUUUUCUGCUACGAACCUUACGAUGAGUUAGUUCUUAUGCAGUUAGGUCGGUUUGGUUCGCGUUCCCUCACAUCUGUGGAAAAAGAGAUGCGAGACGAUGUAGAGUCAACGAAGGAGAGCACAAUCGAUGCGAUUAAUAAGCAGGAGGUCGACAAAGUUCUUGGAUAUAUGAAGAGUGUACUAUCAAAAAAAGCGUCUGAAGUGAGAACAACGAAUCGUUUGGAAUCUCAUCCUUGUGUUAUCACGGUCCAGGACAUGGCCAGUGCGAGGCACUUCAUCAGGACCCAGAGCCAUCAGCUCAAUGAAGAAACGAGGUACAACCUACUGCAGCCACGCCUGGAAAUCAAUCUCAAUCAUCCCAUCAUCAAAAAACUUACAACUCUGAUUGAGUCAGAUCCGAAAUUAGCCGAACUCUUAACUCAACAGCUUUUCACGGCAGCGAUGGUUGGGGCUGGACUCGUCGAAGACCCACGAAUAUUAUUGACAUCUAUGAACGAAUUACUCACGAAGGCUCUGGAGAAACAUUAACGAUAUGUGCCCAGUUGUUGAAAAUAUUUCAUUAAAUUUAAGUUUCAUUUCUGUAUAUAAUUUUACUGAAUAAAUGUUGCCAUUACCAUAGGAAAUGGAUUAUGGCCUUCUUCGAAUUUUAA